AUGAAUACCCUUGGUACAAAAGCGUUCAGCACUAGCGCGUACAGGUCCAUUACCUUCAGGGGAUCUGGCUUUGAGGCUAUGUUGCAUCAGAAUGGCCUGGACGGAGGACACUGGCAGUCAAUGGUGAUGAGGAUAACCGACGAUAUCGAGAAAGCUAUUAUUCCCAGGGGUGGCAGAGCCCACAAAUCGAGCAACGAUCCAAAGGACCCAUUUCCAGUGAUCACCGUUGGCCUCCUGACGACUGAAAAUUCAAAGGACCGUAUCGGCAGCAUCCAUGUGCAUUUUGACGGGACCUUCAAAUUCUUCCCCUCCCGCAAGGGAGAUUUCGGAAAAUAUAUGGAGCAGAUCAGGAAGGCUGGUAUCCCGGGAUUCAUCGACACAACUCCAGAAGAAACGGAGGCAGAGGCAGCCAAAUCGGCCACUGGCCAAGGGAAAGGGCCGGAGCAAUGA